GUUUUUUUUUUUUUUGGGUAGAAAGUACAGUACAAAUUUUGACAUUGCAUUAGUUACUUGGUAAGUACUUAAUUUGGGCUCAGACCUUCAGGUAACUAUGCAUCUCAAACCCGCCGUGCUAAUGUGCCUGUAUACCAAGUGUGCAUAUGCACAGACAUCACAGUCUUUCAUACUUGGAGAUGGAUGCAUUGCAAAUCCCAGUCACAGGGGAGGACAGACAGACAGACAGACAGACAGACAGACAGAACAAUCCUAUUGUAAUCUCAGCCACCGCCGCCUUACCCUAGCUAGUUCUUGUGUAAUCAUGGCAAAUGCAGUGGUUGCUAGGAUUCCUUGUGUCGCCUGGAAUCAUCUCCUAGACUCCUACUGUUGCUUUCUACCCUGUCUGAAGUCGAAUUUAAUUGGAAUCCCAGAUUGGUAGAAGAACAGGUGUACGUAUUCUUGUAUUCUUAUGGGAGGUUGAAUGCGUGGUUGAGUGACGACAACAAUUACCACUAGUAGAAUAUGCACAGGGUACUUACUUCGUAUUCGAGACAGGCAGGAAAGUUUGUCUGUCUGAUCGCUGCAGGACGAGUUAACAUUAACUCUAUACUGGGAAAUUUGGCUGGGC